AUGGCUGCUUUAUUUACAGACGACGAGGUCAGUUGAAUAAUAUCGUUAAAUUAUGCUUUCUCGUGCAAUUUGGAAAAACAAACACUCGUGAGUUUUUCAAAGACUGCAAAUUAUAAAAAUCUGUGAAAAACUUACUCGUGCAUGUGUUUUCAAAAUUGCAUCUUUGGUGAAGGGUUAAUGUGUUAAUGGAGUUAGGUCUCUAAGGUUAUGGUUAAUUUGAAGAUUUCCUUCAUCCUUUCAGGUUCUUCCUUUAUUUACGUUUUUCGUUCCGUCUGCCUUGGGGGAUUGUAACGAACACGUUCGAAGUGAAAUGUUGAAUGCUGCGUUGGCUGCGGUAAACCAUCUGGGAAAG